CGUGCGUGGCGUGGGACCAAGCCAAUCUGCGGGUGGGUCCUCUGCACUCGGUCUUCGGACAAAACCCGUGGACUCAGCAACCCCGGGGCUGCGGAGAACCCGGGGAUUUCAUGUACUUCCCCGAGUCCUUCCUUCUCGAAAAUUCGACGCUAGGAUCUCAAGGCAGCGUGUUGGUGCACGAGUGGGCUAAGUACCGCUGGGGCGUCUUCGAGGAGUACGGGCACAGGGCCGACCCGAUCUUCCCUUCCGCCACCAAGGCGUACGAGGCCAACGAGACAUUGAGACACACCUACUGCACGGAUGGCGAAGUGGCCGGGAAUUUUUAUCAGUGUGAGGGAAAUAACCUCGACUCCUGUUACUUCGUACCCAGUGCAGACGAGACAACAGAAGUAACUUCUUCUCUCCUUGCCACCCCUUUCCUUAGUUCCGUAGUUAACUUCUGCACCAGCGAAACCCAUGUGGCCGAUGUUCCUACCAAACAUAACCUUCUGUGCGAGAAAAGGAGCACUUGGGAUGUGAUAAAGGAUCAUUCAGAUAUUACUGGCACGUCUCCGGGUGCGUCAGUUACACCGAGCUUCCUUGUGAAACGGUUAACAUCACAAACGGCAGGAAAGAAACUUGUAUUCCUCUUAGACGUCACCGCACCAAUGGGAAAAAGUGCAGACACAUGGAAUUAUCUGCGUGAUGCGGUGAGGCAAUUCAUCUUAUCUGAGGCAACGGAUGGGAUGCAGGUAGGCCUCGUGAGCUUCACAGACUCUGCAACUAUAGAUUCUGAACUCGUCACGCUUGAUAGUGCAAACAGGCAACCACUGGCAAACAAAGUUCCUAAUUCACCACAAAACGCUGAGAACAAGAAGGUGGCUGAAGGAAUAUCUAAAGCUAAACAGGUGUUAGGUGCAGAAGGUACGGUGAUACUGGUGACAGAGAACAUGAAGAUAAACUCGGAGGACCUGGUUGCAGCUGCUGAUGGCACUCCUGUGUGGCCCAUCCUGUACCCUCACCUCAUAGGAGUUUCCUUUAGCAAUUAUCAGAACCUUGCUGAUGCCGGUGGCGUGUCUGUGUUCCCUAUUGAAGAUAAAACAGUUGAUCCUGGUGUAGGUCCGACUCAGUCUAUUGACAACCGUGUGGCUCUCACCCGUUGUUUCCUGGAUAUCCAAUAUGAAACACAAGGCAAUUCGCCACAGGAGAUUAUUAGUAGUUCAUGCUCUGGCUCCGACUGCCAGAUAAGCCUAGAAGUACCAGCGAAUACCAACUAUGAAGAUACCUUUUUCAUCGAAAUUUAUUUUUGUAAUAUUGAUGGCGGAAGCCUCACAGCAACAGUGCGAGACCCAAUGGGCAUUACCAUAAGUAUUCCACAUGGCCAAGAUACGAACAGUGUAUUCAGAGGGACUGGAUUACAGGCUGGUACCUACACUGUAGAAGUAUCAAAACCAACAAAUGCAAUGGAUGUGAAGUCCUCUCUACUGGCGACCUUGCGAACAGUGUCAGGUGGAUACGCCAUUAAGCUGUGGUCAUCCCUUAACCUCCAGCACUUGGAAUACACGCCGGACUCUGCCCCAACGCUCUUUGCUAUGGUGAGCGAUGGUGACAGCCACGUGGUGUAUGCGAGGGUCACUGCCACAGUUACGGACUCGGGCCAGAACACCGCCGUCCUGGUCAUGCGUGAUGAUGGUACAGGAGCCGAUGUUACGGGAAACGAUGGCGUGUAUUCAGCCUACCUGAUAGGCCUCUCUCUGACUGGAAGUGUCAGUGUCCAGGUUUCGGCGAAUGACAACGGUGGUUUGGCCAAACUGGUGACGGCAGCCACACGCGCAGCUCCGGUAGAUGUCAACGGUCAGGCCUGCUGCGGGAGCCAGAUCACUUUCCUGAAUGACCUGCCUUCCGCCGGCACCUUCAGCGUCACUUCGAAUGACGUAGGUGAAGUGACCGGAACAAUACCCACAAACUUCCCUCCAGGCAGAGUCACGGAUCUGAGGUCAUCUCUCACCACAAGUCAGGUCAAUUUGACCUUCACGGCUCCAGGGGAUGAGCUCGAUCAGGGCACAGCCGAAGCCUACCUCGUGACGUACUCUGUCGAAGGGAGUGGCCAGGGGGCGCUGGGGCAGGACGUGACGCCAUUGGAAGCAGGGGCCCUGGUUAGCACCACCUUCCCUGCCCCGGACUGUGGGCACCUGACCUUCCUGGUGAGGGCCGUGGAUGCUCAGGGUAUGCAAUCUGCCGACUCCAACGAAGCCAGGAUCAGCGUCCCUUGCGUCCCCACAACCUCCCUACCUUCCACGACGUCCUCCUCCUCCUCCACGGAGAAUCCCAACAGGCCUCUAUCGUCCACGGAACACCCCACGCCGUCGUCCCCCGUCAGCUCGGAGGAAACCCCAACGGCCUCGAUCACAGCGUCAACUACCGAUCAGUCAGGAGACAAUUGCUCCUGCGUGUCCACCGAGACCUUCCUCACCGUCGUGAUCGGGAGCGUCGUGGGCAGCAUCCUCGCCGUCCUCCUCGUGGAGCUCCUCGUCUACGUCCUCGUCAAACUGUGGCAACGCCGCCGCUGGAAGAAGGAAAGACAAAGGGAAGUCGUGAGACCCACACGAGGCGCUGAAAACCCGGCCUUGGACCACGCGAAUUCAGGAGGGAACUAUGAGAGCAGGCUUGGUGAACGAAGGAGGCAACUCAAUUAUGCAACUCCGACGAGCGACCAGGGGGAAGUUGCCAACACAACCCCAACGCCCUUGCCAUAUUUAGGGCAAUCAACCACAUCCAUCAAUCAAGCUGGACGUCCAAUUUUGCCAAGUCGCGGCAACCAGCGUCCUCCUCCCCGGGCCUAUAACAGUAACCAAGAUCAGUAUGGCAACCCUAGCACUGACGCACACCGGAACAACAACCGUGGCAAUGUGCAGUACAACCAACGCCAUGAUCAGCCAUACGCUCAGCCAUACAAUCAGUAUAAUUACAAACCCCAGAACCAAAACAGAAGGGCUUACACACCGAAUGAGUAUAUCUAAGAAAUGCUUGUUUUUUUCUGUAUCAGUAACGCAAUUUGGUACCAAAUUUAAACUACGGUUUUUAUAUCUGUAUAUCUGACUUCUUAAAAACGUGUAGAAAAUAUUUUAAUAAUGUUUUAAUAGAUUUUGUAUGACCGUCAAGAUUGUGGAUCAUUUGCUCAUCCUUUUAUAUAUAGAGAGAACAGCAUACUUGUUUAACAUUGCAUACGGCAUUUAUAUUAAGUGAACCAUUCGAAAAGAGGAUAUCUUUGUAUGAGAGAAGUGUUCUUUGGUUAUACACAAUUUAAUCAGUAUGGAUAGUUGCUGUUCUUAUUGAUAUAACAAUUUAUUUCAUAAUUACGGUGUGUGAUGUGAGUUGGAAAUGUGCAGACCAUCUUAACCUACAAUUUUUUUCUCUGAAGGGUUUGGCAAAUUUUAAUAUCAUGGCUCUCGGGAAAUUAUUAUACCAGAAACUUUGCAUUUAAAAGGAUCUUGUGGCCAUUACUGAAAUGAGGUCUGUAGCCUGGCAGAGUAAACAGGAACGUCAGAAAGAGCAUCCACGUCAUACAUCUACUCAAUACAACCAUGUGAACAGCACACGGUACACUUACUUGAAACACCACUGAGCCAGGUAGUUGAUCUUUCCAACGGUCUUUCUGCCUGAAAGACCUAACCCUCUCCCUUGUUAACUUCUCUUGGCCUUAUAUCCAUAGUUAUGAAAGGACGAAAGUGCAUAAAUAUCUCAUUAUUUUGGAACAUUACGAGUACUGAGAAAGUACAGCAGCAAUGUUCCAAAGCGUUAAGAAAAUGUAUGUGUGAAAAGUAACAUGACCGAGUUUAUUUACGUCCUAGGUAUGUACAGUUCCUGGCCCUACAACUUAGAGGAAAACUUAGACAAUUGUAAGCACAUUGCCAACCAUGGAAAUUAGUGCGAAUGGGAAUACUUAGAACGACAAUUGAGGACUUACACCCAUAUUUCAAGACAUUUUAAGGGGCCCUCAGUUUAACGAAUAUUUGAAAAAGCAAAUAAAAUAACAUAACCACCCAUGAGCCUUGUCACAGAAAACGAGUCUCCAAACUUAUGAUAGAAAAUUUUACUUUUAGAAGAGUAACUGAUUUAGUUCUUAUCAUUUCGCUUUCAUUCCGUUUUUGUCAGAUAAAAAUGGAAUGCGUAAGUCUUCACGAAAUAUAUUCCUUUCUUUUAGUUUUAUCAUUUAAUACAUUGAUGUACUGGUGAUGUAAUUGUUCUAGAAUAUUCAUGUAUAUUUACAGAUUUUAAAAACAUAUAAUACUGUAUGUUU